AUGGACUUCCCCGGCCGCAAGCCCCUACCAUCCUUAGAUGAUCUCCCCUUGCGCAAAGGCGAUCCACCGUUCUCCGCCUGGGGUCUGUGGGAGAAUACGCAGCUGGGCAGUCUGAACUACCUGAGCGAUGACGUUGUGAAAGCAGCUGCAAGGGAGGAAAUACAAACCGGAGCACGAGUUGGUUUGAAUCUCCCUAUCGACUUCAUCAAUCCCUCCCUGCUGGGAAGGGUCCCAUUUUCGAAACAUAUCCACAACAAGGCACCGCGGGUGAUUAAUGAUGAUAUAAUCACCUUCAACACGCAGUGCAGUUCACAGUGGGACAGUUUCCGGCACUUUGCGUACCAAAACGAAGCCAAUGUAACCCAAGACGACAUCCACGCGGACCCAAACACCACAGUCAACGGUCUCGAUGCAUGGGCAGAGAAGGGUAUCGCCGGGCGCGGCGUAUUCAUAGAUUACUUCGACUGGGCACAGCAACAAGGCAUCCAAUAUGAUACACUGACAAACCAUCCUAUUCCGAUAGAUCAUGUGCAUCAGAUAAUUGCCGAGAAGGGCAUCACUAUUCGGCAGGGCGAUAUCCUCUUCAUGCGAACCGGCUACGUCCAGGCAUACGCAAAACUGAACCAAUCCGACCGUGAAGAACUCAGCAAACGUCGUGGCUCUCCAGGUCUCGGACAAGGAAAGGAGACCACCGAAUGGCUAUGGAAGUCUCAAUUCGCAGCAGUCGUGGCUGACUCGGUCGCAUUUGAAUGUUCGCCUCCCGUUAACCCGGAGUACCAUCUACACCCCAUUCUGCUCGCCGGAUGGGGCACACCGAUAGGAGAGCUCUUCGACCUGAAAGCGCUAUCAGCAACAUGCAAGAAGCUGAACCGGUGGACAUUCUUCGUGACUUCAGCACCGCUGAAUUAUACCGGGGCUGUAGCGUCGCCGCCGAAUGCGAUUGCUUUUUUCUAG